AGAGUUAUCCACUUCAGGUAGGCGACACUCACAAGUCACAAAACCGAUCGACUGGAUAUUAUAGCCAUGGAAGAGAUUAUAUCCUCUUCUUCUUCACCCAGUUUCUGUCAAGACCACACCCUCUCCACAUUUCAACAACGUCUCCAAUUCAUAAUUCAGAACAGGCCUGAAUGCUGGGUCUAUUCAAUUUUCUGGCAAGCCUCCAAAGACAGCACUACCGACCAAGUUGCUUUAUCGUGGGCUGGUGGCCAUUUCUCAAACCCUAAGGAUCACGCGGCAUCCGACAGCAGAAGUAACGGACCGAUCAAUAGUUACCAGCCCAAAUUUGGGUACAACAAGAAGGUGGUAGUUAACAGAGAGGUUGAGUUGGGGUUUUUUCAUGAUGUUGAAGACAUGCUGGUGGAUAAUAAUCAUGGAUAUGAUGUCACUGACUCUGAUCGGUUUUACUUUUACAGUGUUUCUUUUACCCAAUCAUUUUCUGCAGGCCAUGCGAGUAAUAAUAUUCUGGGGCGUGCAUUUUGUUCUGGUGGCUUUGUUUGGCUUGCAGGUGAUAAUGAGCUUCAGUUCUAUCAGUGUGAGAGAGUGAAAGAAGCAAGAAUGCAUGGGAUUCAAACUUUAGUUUGUAUUGCUACUUCAUGUGGGGUAAUUGAACUGGCUUCUCUGGAUGUGAUCACGCAAGAUUGGGAUCUUGUGCACCUAUCAAAAUCACUCUUUGGAUCCGACCACAACAACAACAAAUUGAAAUUGCUUGUUCCUGAUCCCCUAGAAAAGAUUGGAUUGAUUUCAGGAGGUCAAAAAGAAUUCACCAGACACGACGGGUCAUCAUCAGGCUCACCUUAUGAAUCUUUUGGCAAUUUCACCCCUGCGACUACAGAGAACCCUCGAUCAAAAAAGAGAGGACGAUCAUCAUCAUCAAACCAUGCAGCUACAAGUAGAGAAUCACAACUGCUGAACCAUGUUGAGGCAGAGAAACAAAGGAGGGAUAAGCUCAACCAGCGAUUCUGUCUCCUCCGUUCGGUUGUUCCCAAUGUGUCAAAAAUGGACAGAUCCUCUUUGCUCGCUGAUGCCGUGGCAUACAUCAACCAGCUCAAAGGUAAGGUUGACGAAUUGGAGGCCAAAAUCUAUGCACAACCAACCCAAAAAACCCUACUGGCUAGCAGCCAAAGCACCAGCUCCAUAACCGAUCAAAAUCAUCAAUGUUCAACUAAUAAUAAUAAUAAUAAUACUUUGAAGAAUAAUAAUAAUGAUAAUGUUAGAGGAGCUGGUGUUUUGGAACUGGAUGUGAAGAUUGUGAGAUCAAAUCAAGCCAUGAUUCGAGUUCAGUGUCCGGAUCAAGACUACCCUUAUGCUAGAUUGAUGAAUGCACUCAAGGGACUUGGGUUACAAGUUUACCAUGCAAGCAUAUCAAGUGUCAAAGAGUGUAUGAUUCAAGAUGUUGUGGCAAGACUGCCUUAUGGCUUCACUAGUGAGGAGGCCUUGAGACUUGGUAUUAUAAAAAGAUGGUACAACUAGCUACUGUAAUAAUUCAAAAGCGUAAGUAUAGCUGACGAGGACAAGGAUAUUAUCCCACUUCACUCCACUUCUUUUGUAGUCUUUGUUGUAGCUUAUCUAAUUCUCUU